AAUUAUACAAAAAUAUUUCGUACGGUUCUGACAGCAUUACAAGUAACUUGUUCAAAUUUAGCAAGAGAGCAAUGUCAAGCUCCAAAUGGGCAGAUGAUUUAAGAGAUUUUGUUGAAAAUAAGCAAUCCUUUCUGAACAUUUUUGGCAGUACGCCUAAAUUGAGCUGCCUAAAAAUCGCUCAGUUCCUUAAAGAAAACAGCAUUUAUUGUAAUUUAGUUUGUAUAAAUAGCAAUAAUUUUCACGAAACGCUUGAGAAUCUUAAAAAAACAAGGUCUUACAAAAUAACUAUCGUCUAUCUGCCUGAUAUCAAUCAUGACGAAACGCCGUCUUCAAGUCGAUUUGCGAAUAAAUUCAUUCUAAUAACGAAACAAGUAUACCGUGGUGAUUGGCACUCCAUUCAAGAUGAAUCACAAAAUCUACUUGAUUUUGAGAUCGAAAGUCAGGAGAAAGUCUUAGACGUUCCAGUGACUUUUCAAGGCAUAUCAAUAGCCUUGAGGAGUAUCAUGGGUAAAGUACCCAGAGAAACGGUAGACGCCGUAACGCUGCAGACGCUUAUCUACGGAGAUACUCUUGAGAUUUCAUGCAUCAGUCUUUCUAAAGACAACGAUGAUUCCAGUGGUUAUUACAUUGCUAGAGAUCGGCUGGUUAAUCACCAAAAUGAACCGAAAGCCGCUACCGGUAUUAGCGAUAAAGUUGUAAUAGUGGCGGCUGAUCCUGGGAUGGGAAAAUCGACCUUUUUGACCGGAUUCGCGAAAGCGUUGAAAAGGGAAAACCCUGCCUGUUGGAUUGUACGUAUUAAUUUGCUCAACUAUUCCAAACAAUUCAGCCUGUGGUGUGAGAAAAGGCCGGCUUUGAAUGAAAAUCUUGCGUUAAAUUUCUUGAUAGGAAUAAUGAGCAGUGAUAAAAGCAAAACUGAUACAUUCGAAAGGAAGAUCUUCGAAUGGUACUGCAAACAGUUUAAACUAAUUUUGCUCAUCGACGGUUUCGAUGAAAUGAGUCCCUAUUACGUAGAUAUUGUAGUACAGUUGAUAAAACUGUACAAAGCAAAUUUUACAGCAAAACUCUGGGUGACCACUCGCACUGGAGAAAUUCAGAAAAGUUUGGAGGAAUGUCAUGGGAACACCUACUCAUUGGAAAAUUUUACUAGUGAAGAAAUGAAACAAUUUUUAAGGAAUUAUUGGACCUUAAAGCUGAAACUUGGGCCGGAUACAGAAAAGAUGCUUCAAGCCUAUAUAGAACAGCUGGUCUCCAAUUGGUCCGAUAAGAUUGAUGGAGUUAUGGAAUUGAUCAGCGUGCCACUACACACGAAAAUGUUGGCUAUGGUAUUUCAGGAAGAUUUUUUAACAUACUGCCACUCGUCUGAUUAUCGAAUGGUGUUAGGAAAAUGGUUUUCUGUUCAGUUGUAUGAACAGUUUGUUAAGCUUAUGUAUAAUGAAAUACUAAAUCAGGAAAAGAAUGAAAACGAUAUUUAUAAACCACACAACAGGUUGCAACGUGAGGAAGGUUUCCAUCAGUUUAUAACCCAUCAUAAAAAUGCUGCGGUUUAUACUUUGUUCAAGCAAUCUGAUGUAAGAGAAGUUAUGACUUUAGCUGAGAUAAGAGCUGUGAAAGAUUUCUUAGAAAAAGUGCCAAUUUCGGUUGAAAGCACAGGGAUAAUAACCCGAGUGGUUGAUGGGAAACCAAUAUUUUUGCACCACACUUAUGCCGAAUAUUUCGCAGCAAUGUUUAUUUGGGAGAUGUUUUGCUCAAUUUCAAAGAGAAUAAAACAAUUCAUAGGUAAAAUUUUGAUUGACUUCUUGAUUGGUUGUCAUCAAAAUCAAAUUGCUAAAUUCCUCCAUGAAAUAGCGAAAGUAAAACAACAUAAUUCUGUGACGAACCUGGCGACCAAAGCUACAGUGUUGUUCAGUAAAUUACAAGAUGUGUUACCAACAUAUUACAAAGAGCCUUCGUUUUGUUACUUGUUAGGUCUAGUUGAGUUUGCAAUCAGUUCUGAUCGGGAUUGUUUUCAGAGUAUAGCAGCAAAUGUCAGAGGCCUCCCAGAAAGAAUUUUGGGUCAAGCCUCGAGUAUGUUUGGCUCGAGCACGAGCCUGAAUUGGCUCAAUGAUCGAGCCAAAUUUCACACUAGAAUGUUUUUUCUCAACGCUUGCAAGGGGGGUUACUUUGAACUUGUAGGAUUGACGACGGAUAAUCUGUCUAUUAACGUGAGAAGCAAUGAUUUUUCAUCGUUUGACUUUACAGCGCUUUAUUUUGCAGCAAGUGGUGGUCACUUUAAGGUGGUAAAGCAUCUCUUGGACAAUUCAGCAAGUGUCGACGAAGCUUCUCAGUACGGUUUAACGGCGUUACACAGUGCUUCUGAGAACGGUUACUUCCAAAUUAUCCAACUUUUGUUGGCGAACGGAGCAGAUGUCAAUUUGACAGAUGAUGCCGGCACUAUUGCUUUACAUCUAGCCGCACAAAAGGGUUACAACAGAAUUGUGGCGCUGUUACUAGAAAAUGGAUCUAUGGUCGAUAAAGCUGCCGAGAUUACUGGAAGAACUGCUUUAUACUUUGCUUCCAAGGAAGGGCAUUUGGAGAUAGUUCGAACGCUGCUAAGGCAAAGCGCAAAUGUCAACGUCGAAUCCAAAGAUGAUGAAACGCCUUUGCACAUUGCUACUCAGAAUGGUCGCUUAAAUGUUGUUCAAACACUACUGGAGAACGGAGCGGAUCCGAAUGCGGAGACAGUAGGAGGAUUUACACCACUGCAUUUGGCAGCGAUAAAAAACUUGGUCGAAAUUGCUUUUGAACUUUUGUAUCAAGGUGCUUUCAUUGAUACCGCAUCAGCGCACCUCCAUAUGAAGUAUUCAAACUGUACACCUUUGCAAUGCGCAGUCUUGGAAGGUAACCUUAAAAUGGUCAACCUGUUGAUCGAAUACGGUGCAAACGUGCACUUUGCCACCGAGAACGAGGGUUUAACACUGUUACACUUUGCUGCAAUGGCAAAUUCAAAGGAAAUUGUUACUAUUUUGUUAGAACAUGGUUGUAAUGUUGACAGUUUAUGUCACGAUGACAAAACACCACUGCACGAAGCUUGUUUAAACUGUAAUUUCGACGUUGCACAGGUUUUGCUAGAAAGAGGAGCAAAUGCUCAUCAUAGAACGAGUGAAAAUGGCUUCUCGCUUUUACACAUUGCUGCACAGAGAAACUGUCCUGAAAUAAUACAAUUAUUGAUUGACAACGGUGUAGAUAUAAAUUGCACUACCUCAAUUGAUUUUCAAACAGCCUUGUACGAAGCCUUCCGUUACUUUGCCAGUGAUGCUGCGAAAUUAUUAGUCAAACUGGGAGCUGAUCCAGCAUACGUAAACCCGCAAAUCAUGGACAGUUGACCUUUUCAACGAGUUCGAAACAUUGAAGAUCUGGCAACCCUGUCUCGAGUUAUGACCACUUAAGUGAUAUUUGUGUACUUUUGAGUUCCAGAUCUAUAAAAAAAGUAUGAAAUUUGCGUCCAAACCACCAAAUUAACCAUUGCACCACUGUCCAGAUCGCAAAAUUAAGUGGAAAAAGAUUUUUUCCGAAAAACGGUGAAAUUUUGGAGCUUUGGUGUCUCAGAAGAGUUGGUCUGGAUGAAAAUUAGGGUGGUUCACGAAUAAGGUGAUUUCGAAAAUCUAACUUUUCAGGAACAUUUUAAGGAAUCUUUUUGUCUUCUAGAAAGUUGUUGGGCUAAUCCAUGCAUUUUUGUCGAAGACACCAAAACUAUCAUAAAUCAAAAUAUGACCCAAACUUAAUAUGGCUCGAUUCUGAGGAUAAAUUCAGCAGGUCGUAUCAACACAGUUCAAAAAAGCAAAAUGUAGGGAAUUUGGGCAAUCAUGGGCACUCAUUUUUAAAAUUAAAUCACUGUGACUAUUUUCAAAAAAGUUAACUGAAAAUGUCUAUAACUUGAAAAUGGGGCACUUUAUAAAAUUUCAUUUUUAAAGUUCAUUUUGAUUACAAAUACAAUUUUACAUUGAAAAAUUAAGUUGAAAAAUUUUUGCGACCAAUAUUUUGAUUUUUUGAAAAAAUCAGUAUCGAUUCGAAAAUUCAUAACUCGGUCAAAGAUUUUUUGCACAUUCUGGAAAUUUCUGAAAAGUUGGCAUUUGAUGUCCUCUAAAACAUAUCAGAAAAAAAUAAAACUAGUAUUUUUUUGAAAAUCAAGUUUUUGUGACAAAAAGUUAAAUAAAAAAUCACCAAAUUUAGUUUUACCGCGUAUCAUUUUUUCAACAAUUUACAACUUUCCCGAAGACACCAAAUCGAUCAAAAAAUUCCUUCAAAAGAUACAGAUUUUUGAAUUUUCAUAUAUCAUUUUUACCAACACUAACAGAAUAGAAAAUUAAUACCAUUCAAUACCAGUGCUGAAAGUUGUUGGACAUAAAAUUCCAUUCAAAAAGCGUUUUUUCUGAAUUGCAAAAAAUGUUUUAAGCAACUCGAUGCAAAACAUGAUUUUUUCAGCACUCAUCGUAUUUAUCCAACUCGGUAAACCUCGCUGGAUAAAUGUACCACUCGUGCUGAAAAAAUCUACUUUUUGCAACUUGGUGCAUAAACUACUAUUUUCGAUUGUUCAAAAAUGGAUAUACCGUCACGAGAUAUCGAAAAAUGGAGCUAGGAUUCGUGAUCAGGGACACGAAAAACCGGUGUGUGUGUGUGUUUGUGUGUGUGUGUGUGUUGGCGGAGAAUUACCCCAAUGGUUUUAUAAUAAAUGUCAUUUCUUCUAGGGUCAAUUUUGGCUAUGUUUUCACUAAUAUUUCUUAUAUUUUUCGUAAAAAAAUCUACAAUUUCAAUGACAAUAGUGUUGGUCUGUAACAAAAAAUGUGAAAACAGGCAAAAAAUAGAAAAAGUUACUGUAUAAAAUAUAAAAAAAAUUGAAAAGUCAAGAGAUAAUGAUAGGAGGUAGUAAAAUAAGCCAAAUACUAUUAGAAACAAAUACUAACCAUGAAACAAGAGAAGUAAAGUUUUUCGUAGAAAAAGUAUUGCUCAAAAUGAAAGGUUUAAAAUUUUGACUUUAACUAAUCCAGAAGCUCUCAAAAAAUUAACAGAACCAUGUGAGUUUGGGCAAAAUUCACAAUUCAGGUUUUUGUAAGCGUCGUAAACGCUCUUUGUCAUACCGGUCAUGUUAGUAACAUAAUCACCUGCAUCAUUUUGAUCUAAAAAUUAUAUCUACCUCAAACUGACCCAACAUUUCUCUAAUUAGAAAAAGGGCUACCAGAUCUGUACAAUAUUAUAUGGUAUUAUAUUUUUAAGUUUUUACUAACAGGAGUAGAAUAAAAUGCUUUGCUGUAAGGGUUUUCGACAAAUUUCACAUUGGAACUUCAAACUACAACGCUUAUCAGCGACCUCAAAAGCU